AGCAAAUUCUGAAGUUUAGUGUCAUAUUUUAAGCAUAACAAAUGGAUUUAUAAAAUUUUCUGAUAACUAUGAAAAUUGGUUUAAUUUGCCAUUAUCAGCGAAAUAUUAUGAUUGAGUACUUAUUCAAAUUAUAUAUUUAAAAUCAUGAGGCGUAGUGCACGAAUACUGUUUCCAAAUUACAUCUUGAUAGAAAUAUUUGUUAGGGUAUUUCUUCUGGCAGUGUUGUGCGCGAUGCAGUUUCUCAAGCCACACAUGCAUCACAUUACCGAAGAGGAACUCCACACGUACUAUAAGCGCCCUCGACAGGAGUCCUACAUUACACCAUGGGUGACAAUACUCCUAAUCGGAGGUUUACCUGCCAUGAUCAUCUUCGUGCCUCUAAUAAUAAUGAAGAACUAUGCAGAAGCAAUUCAAGCAUUCCUGGCAUGGACUUUAGCGCUUUUAAUAAACGCUAUUAUUACUGAAACAGUGAAACUGAUCGUCGGACGACCACGGCCCGAUUACUUCUACCGUUGCUACCCUGAUGGCAACAUGAAAUCUCACUGUAAGGACGUUAUUGAAGGUCGAAAAUCGUUCCCGAGCGGUCACAGUAGUUUUUCGUUUUGCUCUUUAGGUUUUUUGAGUAUGUGGCUGUGCGGGAAAUUAGGAGUUUUCUCUAGAAGUCGAGGACACGGGUAUCGUAUAGUAACGUGCCUUGUGCCUCUAGUGAUUGGCGGUGCGGUGGCUAUAAGUCGAUGGUGCGACAACCAUCACCACUGGGAGGAUAUACUGGCGGGAGUCCUCUUAGGUUUUGCUUUGGCAUAUUUCUGUUAUCGUCAGUAUUACUUACCGUUAGAUUCGAAUUCUUCUGGCCAGCCUUAUGUGCCGGAGACAAAUGCAUCUGAUAAUGACGCCCAAGAAUGUUGCACGUGGUAUUCGAACAAUGUAUUUCGUGUUACUGUACCAUUUAGCUAUAAAAGUUCUUUGAAUUGAAUGAAACCUUAAUAUUUGCCUUUUUUAUUUUAUACACAUUGAAAUAAAACAAAUGUUUUCAAAUUAUAACAUAUAAAGCAUUUAUUUGCGGCACAAUAACACUAAAUUAAUACAAACAUGUUAAAAUGAUCAAUUGUAUGAUGUUUGUUUUCGCUUCAUGCACUAUUUCUAUCCGUGGUUUUGCCAGUAGGCUAUUGUUCAACUCUUUCACAAAUGUAUGGAAAUUCAACUACCAUAUAUGUUAUGAGCAGAUUUCUUCAAUUGUUUACGAAUACAAUGAAAUUUAUUAUUAUAUCUGUAAUUUGAUAACCAAAUUUAAUUACGUAAAUGUAUAUAAGUAUGAAUAAAAAAUACAAAAAUACGUUACAUUUUAAUGAAUUCAUAUAAAUAAUAUUAUUAAACGUAUAUUUAUAAUAUAUUACGCCCAAUCUUAUCCGAUAUACAACUUGGAAGCCCAUCUCUUUAUUACAUAAUGAAUUAUCUACGUAAACAAACACAC